ACACGAGGCAUCGCCAACACCCCACCUCCCCUAACACUCUCAUUCCUAUUCCAUUCUAUUUUCAGCAUCUUACGGCUAGUAGCUAUCUCGAUGACUGCCACUACAUCAUCCGCCCUGGCCUAUUCAUUCUUUAUCCUUUGCACAAAAAAUAUCCCGCUUACUGUCUUCAUCCUCGUCACUCUAUUUCUCCUCACGAGCUUUGUUUGGACAUCGAAGAGGGAACUGAUUCUGGACAUCGAAUCGAAGCGGCCAGAUGGAGACCACACUUCAACCGGAAAGAUUGAAUCACUACCUCUCAUCUCGCACUUGAGGCCAAAAGCAGGCGACAGAAUCCGAUCCUUACAUCGACGACUCAUAACUUCCUGCGGCUGUUCUGCUCCCAUUUAUCUUCCUAUAGAUAUCAAGCGAUAUUCUACCAAAGACUCCGAGCUCUCUGCAGUGCAUGGCACUGAGAACAACUGUCAUGAACCAUGUCCACCGACCUUCGCCGAACGUCCGUCAAGUCUGCUCUUAUACGGUUCGAAGCCUGGCUUGGACUCUGUAGGGAGAUACGAAGGAGGAUAUGUCGAAGGAGUCCUCCAAACAGCAUUAAUACGGUGUAUGCUGCGCCGGCCGGGAAGCAGCAUGUCGUUUCUUCCAUUCUAGCUAGACGCUUGUAAACCCAAAGUUCUUGUCCUCGUUCCAUCACUUCUUUGGGAUUAGAUACAUCAU